AUGUUUGGUUCUGGUCCGGGUACUGCACAUGAGAGCAGAGGAUUUUCUGGACCGGUUCUAAUUCCAACGCGGUUUGUUUGGCCUUAUGGCGGAAGGAGGGUGUUUCUCAGUGGUUCUUUCACAAGGUGGUUAGAACAUAUACCUAUGUCUCCAAUGGAGGGCUGCCCAACUGUUUUUCAAGUUGUUUGGAACUUAACGCCAGGAUAUCACCAGUACAAAUUUUAUGUUGACGGUGAAUGGCGACAUAAUGAGCAGCAGCCUUUUGUUACUGGGAAUUGUGGAACUGUAAAUACCAUCUUUCUAGCUGGGGAACCAGAUAUGGUUCCUACUAGUUUCAGUCCUGAGACUUCUGGCAGAUCCAACAUGGAUGUAGAUAAUGAUGUAUUUACACAUGUGGAAGCAGUUCCUAGGUUCUCACAGGCUGAUCUCGACAUCUCUCGACAUCGUAUAUCUAUGUUCUUGUCCAGACAUACUGCUUAUGAGUUGCUUCCUGAGUCAGGCAAGGUCAUUGCCUUGGAUGUUAAUUUACCUGUGAAGCAAGCAUUCCAUAUCCUACAUGAACAGGGAGUACCUGUGGCGCCACUCUGGGAUUUCGGCAAGGGCCAAUUUGUUGGAGUUCUUAGUGCAUUGGACUUCAUCCUAAUUUUGAAAGAGACACAGACAAGCACUUCCUAG